AUGGGAAAGUCUGAACGACCGACCUGCGGGCUGGAGUGCCUUGAGGAGGCACUGCGCUCUUUGGGCGAAGUUCCUGCGUGGAAGCAGCUGCCGAACACGCAGCAGCAACAUCAGUGCAGAGGCUGGAAAGCUUCCGUGAGCCAUUAUUCCGGCAAGGGCACCAUCCUUGUACAGGGUGCAGACGCUGCAGUGGUGGAGGAAAAGCUGAAGACUGCGAUUGAGGUGGCCUCACGGUUCCCGGGAGCGAAUGCGAUGCCACGGCAGGCUUCCUUGGAGCGGCAGAUUCCCUUGCCACAGGUGGGCGAUUCCCAGAUGCUGCGCGCAAAAGAGCUUUUCAUGCCUGCUGCGCCAUCGUUAGAAGGCGAGUCAUGGUAUCUCUACUUGGAUGGAGCUUGCCCAAACAACCGAAACGUCCACGAUGUGGCACAUUCCGCUGGAUGGGGCGUGGCAGUUUUCGAGCAUUCGCCGGCACAUGGCAGGAGGGAGGCCUUCCGCCUCUUCGGGCCCGUUGAGGUCGACCGCAGCUCGGCCUUUUUUCUGGGUGCAGAGGUGUGCUCGAACAACACAGCAGAGCUGACGGCCUUCGGCGAGGCCCUUUUGUGGCUUCGUGACGAAGCACCGGGGCCCAAAGACAGGCCGGCGGUGCUUUGCUACGACUCGCAGUAUGCGAAGAAGGCGAUGACGGGCGAAAAUCGAGCACAUGCGAACGUAGAACUGGUGGCAUCGGUUCAACGUCUCUGGCAGGAGCUGUCUGCCAGAAGGCGGCUGCUACUGAGUUGGAUCAAGGGCCAUGCUGGCGACUUUGGCAAUGAAUUGGCCGACAAGCUGGCCAAUGAGGGGGCCGAAGGACGGACUGGUGCUGCUUCCAGGCGAUGGUCCCGACGUGCAGCAGGAGCCUGCUGGACGGCCGGUCCAGAAGCCAAGCGUGCAAGAUGCGGGGCUUCUGCAGACCUCUUCCAUGCCGUGGCCGUCGGCUCCUGUACGGCUUCCGCGAGCCGAGCGACAGGAAGCGACUCAGAUCAGACUGGAGGGACCGGUGCACCCUUGGUAGCCGGAGGCGGACGUCUCCUUUUUGGCCCCAAGAAGGGCCAAUCCUUGCACCAAGUCAGCUGCGAUCCAACGGCAGCCGCUCAGGCUAUCGAUGCCUUGCAAAACUUUUUGGUCACAGCGGGCCUUUGGGAGGCAUUUGAGCGCUCCAAAUUCAACCCUUCACGACAAGAUGGCAACGCUGAGUCUCAUAGCGAGAUCCGGCAACCUCAAUACAGCCCUUCGCAGCAGCUGAGCACGUCAAACAUUCCGGUUGUGUUGUUGUGGACAGUCCAUGCGGUGACUUUAGCUGCAGCUGUGGCGGAGCGGGUGGCCGUGGGGCGUUUGGUCUGGCACCAUGGCUUUGCCUGGCUUUACAUCGCGCAGCUAUCCUUUCUGUGCACGUGA